GUGUAUAGUGAAAUCCUACAGUUCUGUGCGUACACAUUGUGCCAAAUUGACAGUACAACUUUGUGUGUGUGUGUGUGUGUGUGACUUUGCUCUGCCCCUGCAUUGCUUUUGCUACUUGAUUGCAUGUGUGUGUAGCUGAGGGAGACAGAGAGGAAGACAGAGAAAGAAGAGAGAGAUUGCGAGUACAUGAUUUAUAGGAAGCACCGGCAACAGCCACAAAGUUUGAGAGUUGUUGACGCUGUGUCACCUCUUGGAUUCAUCUGACUUGGGGGAGGGGAGGAACUGUCUACAAUGCCGUCUUUUGAAGAGUUUUUAAAAGAGGCUGGGGAAUUUGGAAGGUUUCAAAAGCGGGUCUUCCUCCUCCUUUGCCAGACUGGUAUAACCUUUUCUUUCUUAUUUGUUGGUGUUGUGUUCCUUGGCCGGGACCCAGAGCAAUAUUGGUGCAGGGUUCCUUAUGCAUCUAAAUUAAGGAAGCAAUGUGGAUGGACAUUUGAAGAGGAGUACAACAUUACCCUUCGAGCUUCAAGUCUGGUGAAUGAUUCUUCCCAUUGCAAGAAGUAUGACAUGGAGUGGUAUAACAUCUCUUCUAGCUGCACCAACCCACUGUCUCAUCUUACCAGCAACAGCUUGAGCAAUGUGUCAUUUACAACAUGCCAGCGGGAUGGCUGGCUCUACAAAGAACCUCAUUCAACUAUUGCCAGCGAGUACAACCUUGUUUGUGAGGACAGAUGGCUAGUAGAUAUGACACAGUCACUCCUCAAUCUCGGUUUCUUGGUAGGAGGAUUUUACCUAGGCUACGCUUCAGACAGAUACGGCAGAAUCAACAUUUACCUCAUUUCCUCCUUUGGGGCAGGACUAUGUGGCCUCAUAGUGGCUUUUGCACCAAAUAUUGUAGUAUUUUCGAUAUUUCGCUUUCUACAAGGUGUCUUUGGAAAGGGAACCUGGAUGACAAGCUUUGUCAUUGUGACAGAGAUAGUUGGUUCAGAUCAGCGAAGGAUUGUUGGAAUUGUAAUUCAGAUCUUUUUCACCCUUGGAGUUGUGAUCCUUCCUGGAAUUGCUUAUUUCAUUCCCACAUGGCGAGAGAUUCAGCUAGCUACGACACUCCCCAACUUCCUCUUCCUGUUGUAUUACUGGGCAGUACCUGAAUCUCCACGGUGGCUACUGACACGUAAAAAAGGAAAAAAAGCCCUAAAGAUAAUUCAGUCCAUCGCCAAAGACAAUGGGAAAUGUCUUCCACCACAUUAUACUGAGAUCAGUCUCUCCGACAAGGAGGUUAGUAACCCGUCUCUCCUCGAACUGGUUAGAACUCCACAGAUGAGAAAGUUCACUCUAAUCCUGAUGUAUGCCUGGUUCACAAGUGCAGUGGUUUAUCAAGGGCUUGUCUUGCGCCUGGGAAUCAUAGAAGGAAACCUGUAUUUGGAGUUCUUUGUCUCAGCACUGAUGGAAUUGCCUUCAGCUUUCUUAAUCUUAUUGACAAUUGACCGCAUUGGCAGGCGCCCUCUCUUUGCAACAAGUGCCUUCGUGGCAGGUGCUGCGUGCUUAAUGACCGCAUUCUUGCCCAAAGAUAUACCAUGGCUAAGUACAUCAUGUGCCAUCUUGGCAAGACUGGGGAUCACCAUAACUUUUGAGCUUGUCUAUCUUGUGAAUUCUGAAUUGUAUCCUACAAUAUUCAGAAACUUUGGCGUUUCAUUGUGCUCAGGACUGUGUGACAUAGGGGGCAUUUUAGCACCAUUUCUUCUCUACCGGCUAGCAGCCUACUGGUCAGAGCUGCCUCUGAUUGUUUAUUGUAUACUUUCCGUUCUAUGCGGGCUUCUGGUCACAUUUUUACCGGAGACAAAGGGACUUCCCUUACCGGAGACAGUCGAGGAUGUGGAACAACUUCCCAAUGCCUGCACUGCUAUCUACCCUUUCAGCAGAAGGUGCGGGAAACAGAAACAUCAGAUUUCCAGCACAUAUGUUUGAUCAUUUGCCAAAUGUUCUGAGGGCAUCGCCAAUCCCCUGGCUUUUAGUCUGAUGUCCAGUGGAUGCCAUUAUCAUGCCAGUUGGAGAAAAUGGACCCUGUUGUUCCAUAAUAAAAAUCCCUAAAAGACACUUAAAGUAAAUAUAAUAUUUUUCUAUGACUUUGGGAGUAUGAAUGUGUUUUCUGAGCCUAUUGUUUCCAAGUGGGGAACUGUUAUAUGUGGAUUUUGUAGAAGAGAAAUAAUUUCCAUUAAAUAAGUUGUUUUAUUUGACUCGUGACUCUUUGCUUAUGUCUGGGCCAGCUGGUCAUCCUUUAUCUUCCCUAACUCUUUAAGAGCAAUUGUUUCACACUUCUCUUGGAGAAACAGGUAAUACACUGAAGGAAUCCACAACAUUGUGAUAAAUAACAAGAAAAAUAUAGCCAUUCAAAUACUCCAGUAGAACUGAAUGAGAACAGGGGAAAGAAAUUCUUAUUUGAAAGAUACAAUAAAAAGCACGGUAUGUAUAUUUGUUGAGUUGCCUUAAGCCUGUUAUGUUAAUAAUUUAUGCUUUGCAUCUAUUUCAUUUGAUUUAGAGUGGUGCCUCAACUUACAAAUUUAAUCCGUUCCGAAGGCACCUUCGUAGGUCGAAAAAUUCGUAAGCCGAAAAACGCCAUUGGAAACACGAUUUCCCAUAGUAAUGCAUUGGAAAUGGAAAAAUUCGUAAGUCGAAGCAACCCUAUCUAAAAAUUCGUAAGUCGAAAAAUCCCUAACUGCGGUAAAACCGCUGCAGUUUUCUUUCGGCUGUCGAGACAUUAGUAAGCGUGCGACCAUUACCCCCAUUCGUAAGUCAAAAAAUUUGGUUGUUGAGUCAUUCAUAAGUCGAGGUACCACUGUAGUUUAUUUUCAAAAAAAGUUUAAUAAAGGUUUUUAAAAGGGUAAAAAGUGGAAUAAAAAUGGAACAGUAAAAACAAAUGAAAUCACUUGUUUAUAUGUGUAGUAUGGAUUGGGCCCUCCCAUUACCUCAAUUAUGAGAGGUAACUACACAGUAUAGAGAGUUUCUAAUCCUCACUAUGUAGUCAUGUGAAAUAAUCUAUCGAUAAUUCAUCUAAUAACUGAAGGUAAAGAACUGUUAGUUUUUUAUCCAGUAGAUCAGAGAACAUGAACAUAACAAAUUUAAGAACAAUUCAUUUCAUUUUUAUUUGUCAUAGCUUUCAAUCAAAUGGUAGCAAAUGGGGCUGUAGUUAUGGUGACAUGGGGGAACCUGCAUUUUUAAAGCCCUCAAAACUAUUUGCCCCACAGACGAUUCAAUGCAGGCACCUUGUAUGAUACUAGAAUGUUAUGGGUGACAUUAGCCCUUUAAAAAUGUUGGCAAUUCUAUUCAUCCAGUUUGUUCAAGCUUAAGCACAUUGCAAAGGAAAUUUUGCA